UUAAUGCGACAAGUGAGAUUGAGCAGAAAUAUCCAUGAGAAAUAUCCACACAUUAUCCCAAAAUGUCCAGGAAGCGAAAGGUUGACGCAGAUGGAAGGUUGUUUCAUGAAAGAUGGGAAGGUGAAUAUUUGUUUGUGCUACAAGGAGAAAAACCGGUAUGUCUUUUGUGUUCUGAGUCGGUGUCGGUCAUCAAAGAGUACAAUCUACGUCGGCAUUAUGAAACCAAACACGGAGCCAAGUAUGCUAAAGUUAGCCUUCAGGAAAAACAAGCGAUAGUUAAAGAGUUAAAAGGCAACCUGCGAUCGCAACAGAAUUUGUUCACAAAAGCCAGAGCCAAAAACGAUGCGGCUGUGAAAGCUAGCUUUAUUGUAGCUGAAGAAAUCGCCCGCACUUCCAAGUCUUUUUCAGAGGGUGCCUUUGUGAAGCAGUGUAUGCUGAAGGUGUGUGAGCAGGUGUGCCCCGACCAGAUGCAGGCUUUUAAAAAUGUGAGUUUGUCAAGAAACACCAUCGCGGACCGUGUCAAGGAGCUAGCAGGAAACCUAGCAGAUCAGCUGGCGGAAGAGUCACACAGUUACACAGCUUUUUCAUUAGCUGUUGAUGAAAGCACAGACAACAGGGACACGGCACAGCUUUCCAUUUUUAUUAGAGGCGUGAAGUCGGACCUCUCUGUCACCGAGGAGCUCUUGGAUGUAGCUGCCAUGCAUGGGACCACAACUGGACGGGAUAUUUAUGAAGCGGUGGAGAAGUCUGUGAGUAAAACUGGAUUGCCCUGGGAAAAAUUGGUGGGAUUAACUACAGAUGGUGCACCUGCAAUGUGUGGAGUAAAAACGGGCUUGGUUGGACUAAUGAAGGAGAAAAUGCAAAAAAGUAACUUACACUUGAACUUGAUAAGUUAUCAUUGCAUUAUCCACCAAGAAGCUUUGUGUGGGAAGGUGCUGGGGAUGGAUAAUAUAAUGACCACAGUCACGAAAACAGUGAACUUCAUUCGGGCGCGUGGCCUGAAUCACCGGCAGUUCCAGCUGUUCUUGCAGGAGAUGGGCUCGGAGCACGGAGACGUCCCGUACCAUACAGAAGUGCGGUGGCUGAGUAGGAGCAACGUCCUCAAACGAUUUUUUGAGCUGAGGGAAGACAUUGCUGUUUUCAUGCAGAGUAAAGGAAAACCCUUGGCUGAAUUGUCGGAUCCAAACUGGCUGUGUGAUUUUGCUAUGUUAUGUGACAUAAGUGAGCAUCUCGCCCAACUGAAUAAGAAGCUGCAGGGACGCAACCAUGUCAUCACGCAGAUGUCCGACAUGAUCCAAUGUUUCCAGCGUAAACUUGACUUAUGGAAGUGCCAAGUGGAACAGCACAAUCUUGCCCACUUUUCUGCUUGUCAGAACAUCUCUGCCUCAGUUCCCGGUGUUUUUUCAUGUGCCAAGUUGGCUACCAAACUGAGCCGGUUAAUGGAUGAAUUUGAUCGGCGCUUCUCUGACUUCAAAGCACAGCAGUCGGGCUUUGCCAUCUUUGCCAGUCCUUUCACCACCGAUGUCAGCAGUGUGCCCCAUCACCUUCAGCUGGAGUUGAUCGAGCUUCAAAGCGACAGUGGCCUAAGAGCAAAGUUCCAGGAUGCCGCAAUCGAGGACUUUUACCGUCUACUGCCCCCUGGUGAGAUGCCACAGCUUCGACUUCAUGCUGCCCGUGUUCUCUCCAUGUUUGGGAGCACCUAUCUGUGCGAACAGAUGUUUUCAAUAAUGAAUCUAAAUAAAACCAAGCACAGAUCACGCAUCACUGAUGACAACCUCCACGCUGUUUUACGGAUUGCCACAGCACAACAGCUAAAACCAGACAUCGACACACUGGUCAAAGGAAAACGGUGUCUGAUAUCUGGCCAGAAAACAGAUAGAACAUGAUCAAUGGAUGAGGAUGGUGGAGAGGGGAUCCACUUGGUGUGUUCAUGGACAGGCAGUAUAUCCUCAUCAUUUCCGACUCAUAGUUGUGAACUUAUUUUGUUAUUUUCAGUUUAUUACAUAUACUACUUUAUGUGUAGCAAUGUAUUUGUUGUUUACAGGUGUAUGUGUUUAUGAUAAGACAGACAAAUGUUUACUCUUGCAAGGCUGUGUGCAGCCAUUUAUUUUUGUAAAAUGCUACAUCUGUCACACAUGUUCUUAGUAGCUCAAUACUGUUGGUUGUAUGUUAUUCUGACCCUCC